AGGCGAAACCCGGGACAACGCACAGCCCAUGUUAUCUUUACGUUCAGUACAAAAGAAGGAGCGAACCAGGCGAUCAGAUUCGGCUUAUCAGUAGAAGGUAAGAAGGUUUACGGAAGGAAGCUGAUCCAAGAACCCACCAGAUGCCUCAAAUGCCACUCGUUCGACGGUGGACAUGUAGCCGCUAACUGCCCACAAGAACAAGACAGCUGCGGGACAUGCAACGAGCAACAUAGAACCGCAGAAUGCGCGACAACAGACCAAGAACACUUCAAGUGCAGAAACUGCAACGAGGCUGGACACGCUGCAUGGAGCCGAGAUUGCCCGACAUUCAUCAAGAGGCUAGAGCACCACAUGAACCGCAACAACGACGCUAAGUAUCGCUUCUAUCUGACCGAAGACCCACUUACGUGG